CAUCUAACAAUAAAGCUGGCUGUUCAGGAGUGGCCGUGUCUCGUCCCGAUGUUCUCCGUUAGCUAGUUUGCAUGAAGAGAUGUGGUUAACAAAUACAGAAAACCACACCGGGAGGGAGGAAAUGCUACAUGCAAAAUGUAUAUAUGCUGUAUCUGAUGAAAUGACACAAGUAUUUGGAAAGACUCAACGUCUCUUCACCAGCUCAUCAGAUGUUUUUGAGGAUCCUGGAGAUCCUGUCAGGCAUGAAGUGGAACAUCUGGGGUCUCCUGCUUAUAUCUCCUGGCCUCUUCUGCAUAUCUGCAAAGCAGACUAAGGCUGUGGAAACAGCCUGUGGAAAAAACCCUAACAAACCUGUUUGUGCUGGAGUUAAUGCCAUAAAAUGGUCCAAUUCAGGCAAUGGAAAGAAUUUGGAUGGCAUCGUCAUACUCGGUACAGAUGGUUUAAUGGGUUUCAUGGAAAAAGGUUAUUCCUCGACCUGUAAUGAUUCUCGAUUCUCAGCUGGGAUGAAACACAAAAUGACUGUUUUUUCAUUUCAAGAAAAUACAACCUCACCAUCUACAAGCAGCAGCGAUUUUGGUUUGUCUUUAUUUAAAGACUCUAAACACUCAACAUACAUACUCAACAUAAGCAGAUCGAUUACAUUAGAUCAAUGUAUAAUAGAAGGGGCCUGCAGAAAUGGCACUUGGACAAACUGGAUUCCAGAAGGUUUAAAUUGGACCCUUCCAAAAAACUUUACAGAUACAAAUUGUAGAAUGACCUGCCUGAAUCCCACAAACACGUGUGAGAUUGCAAAAUAUGAUUCCAGCUGUAGGGAUGAUAAUGCAGGCGAUGAAAGUAAAAUGAACACCAUUAAGAUCAGUAGUGGAAGUGCAAAUUGUAUUAAAUGCGGAAGUCCUUUUCAAAAGGUGGAAGAAAUCAAAGAUGUAGCAAUCUCAAAUAUAUUCAAUAAUACUCAUAAAGGAGAGACAGAUGCUGCAAAAGCUGUUGAGGCCAUGAACUAUCUCCCCAAUCUGCUGGCUCUCAUGGAGAACAUGACCACAGCAUCUAUUUCCUUGGGUGAAGUUAAAGGGGUUUUAAAGAAAAUUCAAAAUGUGUCUGAUAUCAAGAAGUCCGCUUUCAUCUACUCUGCAGAAACAGGCAUCAGAGUUAUAGAUGAUUUUUCCGUAUUGAAAGAUUAUCCCAACGCUCUCACUAUUCCAGAGGAAGCCACAAAACAAGCAUUCAACAAAAGUGCAGGAUAUGCUUUUCUGGGUGUGUUCAGAUUUCCCAACAUGUCAAAGGAUGAAAACAACAGUACGGUUUUGGGGAAUCAAGUUUUUGCAAUCGAAAUGGGGACACGAAUAUCAAAUCUGACUGAAAACAUCAGUUUGGCCUUUAGCAAUAAAGAGAACAUGAUUGGAACUCCUGCCUGUAACUCAUGGGAUGGAAGCGGAAAUAAGCCAAACUGGACAACUGAAGGGUGUACUACUGUUCCUAAUGGAAAGGAUAUAACAUGUAACUGCAACCACUUGACUUUCUUCGCUGUGCUUAUGGUUCAUCCAGUACCCAUUCCCGAAGCUGACCUUGUCGCUCUCACCUACAUCACGUACAUCGGCUGCGGCCUCUCCAUGUUUUUCCUGGGAGUCGGAUUUUUUAUUCACUUCCUCUUAAGGAAAGCGAAGGCCACUAAUUCAGCCCAUGUGCUGAUGAAUCUCUUUUUGGCGCUGUUUCUGCUCAACCUGGCCUUCCUGUCUAAUGAAUACAUUGCACGUGCGAAAAGCCCCGGCGCCUGCAGGGUCAUAGCUGGCUUCAUGCACUUUAGCCUGUUAGCCAGUUUCUCCUGGUUUGCGGUGGAGGCUUUACACCUGUGCCUGCAAAUGGCCAGACACUCAAUCGUCAUCAAACAUUACAUCCUCAAGCUCUCUGUGGCGGGGUGGGUUCCUCCUGCUUUUAUUGUCAGUAUCAUUUUCAUCUUUGGCAAAUAUGGUGAACAGACCAUACAGACGGACACAAGCAAUGUAACCAUGUGCUGGAUUUUAGACAGCACUGUCCACUACGCCGUGAACAUCGGCUUUUACUGCUUCGUCUUCAUCUUCACCUGUUGCACCAGCAUCGUGGUGCUGCGAUGGCUCUCCAUGCUGAAGGUGAGGAAGUUUAACAAAGCUGCAGCGGUGAAGCGCUCAGGAACCGCCUCCUUUGACAUCACCACCAUCCUUGGCCUCUGCUGUCUGCUGGGACUCACCUGGAGCUUCACUUUCUUCAGCUUCGGAAGUCUGGCUCUGCCCUCGUACUACAUAUUCACCAUACUAAACUCCUUCCAAGGAUUCUUCUUGUUCAUAUAUUACAUGAAAACGAGCAGCCUCUUUGGAGACUCUGUGCCUUCAGAAGAUAUGACAAGCGAUAUGACUGAAGAGACCCAGACUGAAAACCCGUACGAUAACGAAAUACCAACACCCAACAAAAAGGCCGUCUGAAUGUCUCCUCUGUAUCUGUGCAUUUGAGAUGUCAUAUCUGUCUAUAGAUACCUUACAUUCAUUUGCAGUAUUAUAGUGAAUUCAAUGCAAAUUUCUUCUGCAACAUAUGUAGCUAUUUCUGAUUUAUGAAUUUUUUAAGCGUUUGAAUUGAAUUGCUGACGGCACACAGGAAGAGAUAUUCGCUUUAUUGCAUCCUGUUUGCCACUUCAAUUCUUUAUAGACGUUCGUUCCCAAUUUAGUUCUGAAUGGGGCACAACCCUGCUGAAUUAUAAUAUAAUAAUCAUCUCCUGUAGUAUGAUUCUUUUUCAUGACUGCACUUAAACAUUUCCUUAGAGAGAAAAGUUGCAGGUUUUCUUUAUAAUGCAAUGCUAGUGAUGUACUUAUUUACACUGUAUAUUAUCUUUUGCAUGUUUAUUUUCUGGUGCAAGUUACUGUACUAAAAUAGUAGUAGGACAUUUGUGAUUUUUAUGAUUUUUAAUCAGACCUGGCAUAUUGUUGGCUCCCUGAUGAAUUGCUUUGUUACUCUUGUUAAUGGCUUUGGAUAAAAGUAUCUGCUAUAAAUGUAGAAAUGCAGACCAUAGGCUGUUAUAUUUUCAGUCUUUCACACAUAAGCUAUUGAUUGUUUUUUCCUGUAUUUGCGCUAACAUGCUUUACUGACGAUCAGAAACAUAAACCCUGAAAAAAAUAACACCA